GUUAGCUGAAGCAGCUAAGCUAAAAGCUAUUUUUCUCAGGAUUUUUUGGAGACCAAACCAGCAUGAGUAAAUAUUGGACUUAUAUUUGCUAGUGGCCAGAAACUUGACUCUAAAGAUAUGUUGGUGUUUCUCUGUAUCUGCUGAAGUAGGAUUCCAGGAAAUGUAAGGAUUUAAAAGAAUAAAAGAAGAAGAUCAAGUUUCAAACUCUGCAUUUCCUGGUAUGUGUGCACGUCAAUGAGUACAUGGUGGGUGGUUUAGAGUGUGUGCGUGUGUAUGGACUAUAUAAGCCAUGCGGUAGGCUGUCUGUGUAGUUUCUCCUGGUUUCACCUGUGAGAGAACAUCAGGCAGCAUGACCUCCCAGCGAUGGAUGGUGGCAUUCUGCUUUUCACUGGCCUCAGUUCUAGGCACAGGAGAGUCAGUCACAACAACAGAAAUUCAGAAAUACACUUGCAGGACAUUUGGCAGCGGGGUCAUCCAGCCCUUCAACGGUUCAAGUUUCUAUGUUCGGUCCAACUGCCCAUUCACCCUCACCCGCUUCACGCACAAUCGGGUGGAAUGUGAUAUCACCUUACGGCGAGGUGAUAACGGGCUGCUGGACCAAGUCGAGAUCAUCAUCAACAAAGUCAAGACCGUUGUGCAGAGUGGAAGCAUGAUGGUGGAGAAGAAAAGUGUUUCCCUUCCAUAUGACCACACCUACCAACAUAUCUUUCAGUACGGCAUCUACACCAGACUGAGGAGCUCGCUGCUUCCACUGUCUGUCACCUGGCAUAGUUUCCCCGGGGGAAUAGACACUGUGUGGGUGGAGGUGGAGCAGGAGCUGAGCACUGGCAUGACUGGACUGUGUGGAAAACAGAACUUCCCAGACAACAAGCAGCAGCUGAUUCAGGAGAGUGUGCUCGCCAAGGACACAUGUCAAAUCCGAGAUCCUGUUUCUGCUGUGAAUACAGAAUGCAGAAUGUUCUUUUCCUAUACUUUGGAUUGUCUGCAAGCCAUGACGCCUCAUUAUAUCCAACUCUGUGAAGAGAACAUUUACAGCUACGAAAUGAGCAAAGACAUCAGCUGUGCUUUCUUCAAAGAAGUUGCCCAGCACUGUGGGAACAACAGCUAUGUCUGGAGGAUAUGGAGAGAUGUAACCACAUGUGUGAAGCCAAGUUGUCCAGGAGACCUGGUUUAUGUAGAACAGGGCGCAGCCUUUGCUCCCAGCUGCUCCAGCCAAAACCUCACAUUCUCCAACCAGGAACUCACUAGCUCCUGUGUCUGCCCAAAGGGUACAGUGCUUAAUGAUCAUGCAGAUGGCUUCCACUGUGUGAGUGUGUCCAGCUGCUCCUGUGUAUUUGCUGGCCAGACCUACUCAACCGGAGACAUACGCAGCACCAAAUGUCAGUCAUGUGUGUGUGACAGUGGGAAAUGGCGAUGCUCUGAAAACUCCUGCCCACCCACAUGUCUCAUUGAAGGGCAGUUUGUAACAACAUUUGACGGCAAACAAUACACUGUCCCUGACAAAUGCACAUAUGUGGCUUCACUGGGUCUCAACUGGAUGAUAAUAAUCGAGUUUUCUGCAGAGGCACCCUCCAUGAAAACUGUUACUCUUAAGCUUUUUCAGGAAACGUAUGAGUUCUCACACAACAGGGUGAUAUUCAGUGGGGAGGAGAUCACUGAACUUCAUGAGUCUGAACAUGCUUUGGUUUUCUGGCAGUCCUCCAUGUACGUCCACGUCCACACAUCCUUUGGUAUGAAGAUGGAGGUCCAGAUGUUUCCUGAAAUCCAGCUGUACAUCAACCCACCCACAAACCACUCAGGCCUGAUCUCAGGUCUUUGUGGCAACAACAACAAUGACACUACGGACGACUUCACCACCAGCAGCGGGAUCAUCGAGAACUCAGCUCAGCCUUUUGCUCAGUCCUGGAGUUCGGGUGCUUGUACGAGGAACAUGCCCAUCUGCAUUAACACUGACAAUGAAAUAUUUGCUGAUGAAAAGUGCUCCGUGUUGAACGACCCAGCUGGGAUAUUUGCUAAGUGCCACGGUCAUAUCCCAAGCGAUCACUACCACAUGGCUUGCAUCCUAAGAACAUGUAACUGUGGCAGCAGCCUGCAGCAGUGCCUGUGUGUUGCUCUGGGCAACUAUGCCAAAGCCUGUGCCAGUCUGGGUGUUGUAAUUGGUGACUGGAGGGCAGCCACCAACUGCACUUUGACAUGCCAGAAGAACCUUGAAUUCUCCUACAACAUGCAAGCCUGCAACCACACAUGCCGCUCCCUGUCUGGUCCUGACCCUCGCUGCGGGCUGGAUGAUGCUCCUGUAGAGGGCUGUGGCUGUCCAGAGGGAACUCACCUGAACCAAGGACACACCUGUACCCCAAAAGCAGAGUGCCCUUGCCACUAUUAUGGUGGUACAACACCCCCGGGUACUGUUGCUAUUGACGGACGAAGGUGCACCUGUGAGAAUGGAGAGCUGCAGUGUUCUGAAGAUUGUGGAUGCAGAAAUGGGAAGGUUUGUGUUCACUGCUCCGAGGACCCUGUUAGCACAUCUCAGAAAACCUGUGACAGCCUCAGCAAACCAAUGAGUGGAAGUGUGACCUGCAAGAGUGGCUGUUACUGCCCACCUGACCAGUACGAGGAUCAUCGUGGCAACUGUGUUUCUCUGGACAACUGCACCUGCGUGUACAGCGGCAAAGUGUUCAGUGCAGGACAGCACGUCAAAACCAACUGUAAAACAUGUAUCUGUGGUCAGGGUCAGUGGCACUGCAGAGACGAGCCCUGCCCCGGGAAGUGUCAAGUUUACGGAAACGGACACUACCAGACCUUUGACUCCAAGUGGUACCGCUUUGAUGGACAGUGUCAGUACACUCUUGUAGAGGAUGACUGUGGAAAGAGAAACGGCACCUUCUCUGUGAGAGUGGAGAGCGUGCCCUGCUGUGAUGAGGCGCUCACCUGCUCUCGCUCCAUCAUCCUCGACCUUCAGGGCGAGGUCACCCUGACGCUGAGUGACAUGAAAGUGACCAGACGUUACCAUGGCGGCUGGACUCUGCAGGAAGGUUCACUUUACUCCACACACACCGUGGGACUCUACAUCAUAAUCUCAGUACCGAGCAGAGGGAUAACUCUCAUCUGGGACAAACACACCCGCAUCACUAUAGAGCUGCAUGAAUACUGGAGGAACCGUGUGUGCGGCCUCUGUGGUAAUUUUGACUCCAAUGAGAUGAAUGACCUUCAGAUAAGUGGCUCAGCAGUGAUGUCCAGUCCCCUGGCAUUUGGCAACAGCUGGAAAGCCGCCACACCUCCUUGCUCUGAUGUGACCACUGAGGUAUUUCCAUGUGAACGCAACUCCUACUGCUCAGCCUGGGCCCAGCGGCGCUGUAGGAUUAUCACAGGAGACAUAUUCAAUGAGUGCCACUUAAAGGUGGAUCCAGAUCCCUACUAUCAGGCCUGUGUGCAGGAGUCCUGCUCCUGUGAGUUUGAAGGGAAGUUCCUGGGCUUCUGCACAGCUGUUGCAGCCUACGCAGAGGCCUGCAGCGACAAGGAUGUGUGUGUAAAAUGGAGAACACCUGAUUUGUGUCCGGUCUACUGUGACUACUACAACGAGCAAGGCCAGUGUAGUUGGCACUAUGAAACCUGUGGUGAGAUGCUAACCUGCGGCAAAGACACCGGCGUCACUCACAAGCUGGAAGGUUGCUACCCCAGAUGUUCAGAAGAGAUGCCAUACUAUGAUGAAAAUACUGGUGAAUGCACCAAAUUGAGAAACUGUACCUGUUACUUUAAUGACACUGUCAUUCAGCCUGGAGCAGUGGUGAUGAUACAGUCUAUUAAGUGCCACUGUGAAAAUGGAACAAUGAACUGUACACCUCCAGAACCUCCAGCCACCACUACACGUGCCACCACUCCUACAUCAAGCACUCCUACCACAACUGCCUCGACUACCACUGAAACAACUGUGCUUUACACCACCACUACACCACCAACUACAACUGCCUCAACUACAGCUGAAACAACUGUGCUUUACACCAACUCUACACCAACAACUGGCUUAACUACAGCCAAAACAUUGUCAGCAACACCCCCCUCCACUCCUACAUCAACAGCUACAAAUGCCUCAACUACCACUGAAACAACUGUGCUUUACACCACCACAACACCAACAACUACAACUGCCUCAACUACAGCUGAAACAACUGUGCUUUACACCAACUCUACGCCAACAACAGCUGGCUUAACUACAGCUGAAACACUGUCAACAACACCCCCCUCCACUUCUGCACCAACAGCUACAAAUGCCUCAACUACAGCUGAAACAACUGUGCUUUACACUACCUCUACACAAACGACUACAACUGUCUCAUCUACCAUGGAAACAACUGUGCUUUACACCAACUCUACACCAACAAUUACAACUGCCUCAUCUACCAUGGAAACAACUGUGCUUUACACCAACUCUACACCAACGACUACAACUGCCUCAACUACCACGGAAACAACUGUGCUUUACACCAACUCUACACCUACAACAACAACUGGCUUAACUACAGCUGAAACAUUGUCAACAACGUCCCCCUCCACUUCUACACCAACAACUUCAACUACCGCUGUAACCUCAGAAACCCUUACAAAAGUGACAAACACAACAGAAAUCUCCACCAGCUCACCCAUCACAUCAUCUACAACUAGACUGACCACCACUCCUUCAAUGACAACUGCUGCCUCAACAGAGCUUACAAUGAUAACAAAUAGCACAACACCUCACUCAACAACCACCUUUGUAACCAAUGCUACAUCCGCUGAAACCUCAGGUCCGACUGAAGUAACUAUCACAGAAGCUCCCACUGAAACAUUUACCUCUUCUACGCACUCAACCACUCAGCACACUGCUACCUCCCCAGAAACAGCAACGUCUCAUGAAGUGACAACUAAAUCUACGAUGAUGCCACCAACAGCAAAGACCACAGAGGUUUCCACAAGUGAAGGAUUCACCAAUGCAACAUUUAACACUGAACUGACAACUGUUGAGGAAUCAGGCACCACAAUGACGACAGAAAAAACAUAUCACACUUACCUCACAGAAGUCACCGGCACAAUAGAGACAUCUGCAACUGUAACACGUAAACAGUACACGGAAUCAAGCUCCACAACUGAGGUGUGUGAGUGUACAGACCGUAUGAAGAAACAAAGCUGGUACUGCGGUGAGACAUGGAUGGAGGACUGCUUCCAUAAGAACUGUAUAGGGGGCAAAAUAGAGUUGACUCCAGUGGCUUGUCCGGAGCCUGCGAUUCCCAAUUGCCCCAGAAACCAGGUCACGAAAGUCUCAGACGGAUGCUGUGAAAGAUGGGAGUGUGACUGUCGCUGUGAUCUAUAUGGGGACCCCCAUUACAUCUCUUUCCAAGGUGUACCCUUUGAUUUCCUCGAUGAUUGCACCUACAUCCUGGUGGAGGAGAGGUCUCCACGUCAUCAUCUGAAAAUUGCUGUGGACAAUUUUUUCUGUGUGCCGGGCCUUGAAGGCUCCUGUGCUAAAAGCAUCAUCCUGAAAUAUCAGGACAGUAUAGCUACACUCAGCCUCAUUCCACAUUUGUAUACAGUACAGGCCACUCUGAACAAUGUGACCAUUCAGCCGCCAUAUGAGGAACAUGGGUGGAGAUUUGAGACCACGGGGUACAUAGUGUCAAUCUACCUCCCGGAGAUCCGCUCUUAUGUCUCCCUAAGUCCGUCUUAUACCCUGGUGGUCAGUCUGGCUAUGGAGCACUUCCACAACAACACCCAGGGACAAUGUGGUGUAUGCGGUGUUGGGUCAUGUAUCCGUAAAGGAGGGCAGAUGGAGGAUGACAGCUGCUGUGAUAAGACAGCCUAUGACUGGGUGUACGCCGACCCACUGAAGCCUGCCUGUGCUUCUGCACCAAGGGACGUACCUUGUUACUCACCCACUACAGUACCCCCUAACACACCCACUUCCACCCCUUGCCCUGCGAGUGCACUAUGCGAGCUGCUAAACCACCCAGUGUUUGCAAAGUGCAGCGUGAACCUGAACCUUACAAAGAGGAGCUGUGAGUUUGAUUCAUGCAGGAAUGGUCCUUGCUCCUCACUAGAGCAAGCUGCUGAGGAAUGCAUGAAGGCUGGUGUCUGUAUUGACUGGAGAGGACUGACCAAUGGAAGCUGUACUGUGACGUGUCCAGAAGGAUUGGUUUACAGAGAAUGUCAUGACAAGCUGGAUGACGUCUGCUGUGGAGGAAUACCUCAUCAAGGAGCCUCCCUGGAGAACCGCAGGCCAGGCUGUUAUUGUCCCAGUGGCCAAUACAGGGCAGGAAAUCACUCACACAUCUGUGUGUCAGACUGUUCCUAUUGUAAAGGACCACAUGGUGAGCCCAGACUGCCUGGUGAGGUGUGGCAGUCCGGCUGUGACUUGUGUACAUGUAACAACCAGACUCUCACAGAGGUGUGUGUUCCAAAACCUCCUAAUCCAGUGCCUCUCUGUGGCCCCAGUGCUGUUCUGGUAAACACUUCCUGCUGUGGUGAUCAGAUUUGUGUUGAGAAGACAUGCAGUUAUCAUAACAAAACAUAUAGGGUGGGAGACAGAUGGAAGGAUGCCGCCCAUCCCUGCAUGACAUAUACCUGCAGCAAAGAGGGUAUUCAGACUGAGACUAGAGUCUGUCCCACACAAGACUGUCCAGAGGAGGACAGGAUUUGGGACAACCAACACUGCUGCUUUUCAUGUAACCAGAGCUGUGCACCAAGGCUAACCAGUAUCAAGUUUACCAUAGAGAACUGUACCACAGUCAUGCAGAUGCCUGUGUGUGAGGGUCAGUGUGUGUCUCAGCCCAGGGUGGUGUUACACGGUGACCUGCAGGUGGAGCAGAAGAGCAGAUGUUGUGCGGAGCGGAGCUCAGAGAGGAGACCGGUGACCCUGCGGUGUUUUGACCUCACCACCAGACACUACUUCUACAAGCAUAUCACCAGCUGUCACUGCACAACCUACAGCCAGGACUGGUUAAUUGUGGAUUAAAUGUAUGUGUAAUCAGAUUACAAAAAAUAAAUAUGAUCAUUCUGGAU